CCGCCCGGCGGGACAGGGUCCGCGCGCCCCCGGCCGCCGGCCGCGAGCUCCGUGACGUCACGGCGGGCGGCGUCACGCGCCGGCCGCGGCGGGGCCGGGACAUGGAGCCGCGGGCCGGCUGCCGGCUGCCCGUGCGCGUGGAGCAGGUCGUCAACGGCGCGCUACUCGUCACCGUGAGCUGCGGCGAGCGCAGCUUCGCCGGGGUCCUGCUGGACUGCACGAAAAAGUCUGGCCUCUUCGGGCUGCCCCCAUGGGCUCCGCCACCUCCCACCGACGAGCCCCCUGCCAGCCGCUGCCAUGACCAGGCCCCCGAGGAGGGGCACAGCCAGGCGGCGACGCCGGGGGCGGGCUCCCCACCUCCUCCCAAGAGCGCUGGCCCUGAGCCGCCUCCGCCCCUCGUGCCGCCGCUGCCCGCCGGGAGCCUGCCCCCAUACCCGCCGUACUUCGAGGGGGCCCCCUUCCCCCACCCGCUGUGGCUGCGCAGCUCCUACCAGCAGUGGGUGCCGCAGCCGCCUCCCCGCAGCAUCAAGAGGACUCGACGGCGGCUCUCACGCAACCGAGACCCUGGGCGGCUCAUCCUCAGCACAAUCCGGCUGCGGCCGCGCCAAGUCCUCUGUGAGAAGUGCAAGAGCACCUUGAGCCCCGAGCAGGCCAGCCCCGGCCCUCCAGCACCCCCCAGAGCCCGCCGGAGGCUGGGCAGCGGCCCCGACCAGGAGCAGCGCAGGCCUGAGGGGCCAGGGGACAGUGAGCCCAGCGCCCCGGCCACUCCACGGAGGAGCAAGCGGGAGCGGCUGGAGGAGGCCAGGCCCCCGGGGGGGCAGGUGCCACGCAGCCCCGUCAUCAGGAUCUCCUACAGCACACCCCAGGGCAAGGGCGAAGUGGUCAAGAUCCCCUCCCGGGUGCACGGCUCCCUGGAGCCCUUCUGCCCGCCGUGGGUCUCGCAGGACAGCAGCCCCGACACCGAGCUCCCCCGGGACGCCGAGCCCAGUGCUGGCGAGGACAAGCUGCCCAAACUGAAGCUGACGCGGCCAGGGCCACCCGGCCCGGACCUGCCACCCCCCAAGAUCCGCCUGCGGCCCCGCCGGGGAGCUGGCGAGUGUGGGCCCCUGUACCGGGCGGAGCUGGUGGGGGCGCUGGACAGCCAGCAGCGAGGCCCCCGUGCCGGCUCGCCCACUCUCUCUGCAGAUGGCUCUGCCCACGGGCUGGGGGGCCUGUCUUCGGGAAGCUCGGGCGAGGACGAAGACUGCCAGGGCUGCCCCCGGGGCCAGCAGGGCCGAGGGGGCCUGGCCUUCCUGGUCAGCUGCCCUCCGGGCACCGUGGACUGCGCCAGCGAGUCCGUCUGCAGCAGCGACAGCCUGGACGAGUCCAAGUCGUCCAGCUCAGAGGUGACUUCAGCAGAUACGGGAGACCUGUCGUCGGGCGACGGGGCCCCCCUGCCUUCCUCUUCCAGAGCUGCGGGCCAGACGGUGCCGCCGCUGACGGUCAGGCUGCACACGCAGAGCGUGUCCAAGUGCGUCACUGAGGACGGGAGGACGGUGGCUGUGGGGGACAUCGUGUGGGGCAAGAUCCAUGGUUUUCCCUGGUGGCCGGCGCGCGUGCUCGACCUCAGCCUGGGCCGGAAGGAGGAUGGGGAGCCCUUCUGGCGAGAAGCCAAAGUCUCAUGGUUCGGCUCCCCGACGACGUCAUUCCUGUCCAUCUCCAAGCUGGCCCCCUUCUCGGAGUUUUUCAAACUGCGCUUUAACCGGAAGAAGAAGGGGAUGUAUCGGAAAGCCAUCACCGAGGCCGCGAACGCCGCACAGCAUGUGGCCCCCGAGAUCCGGGAGCUCCUGACGCAGUUUGAGACGUAACUCGGCGCCAGGUCACCGACGAUGAGAGGUGCCGCUGUUCUCCCGGAGCCCUGUGCGAGGACCCCAAACCCUCCUGGCCUGGCGUGAGGCCCGAGGAUGGGUGUGGCCCAGGUGGGGCCACGCCCAGGGCAUGCACACGGCUGUCCUCUGACUCGGGCUGUUGCUGUCCUGCUUGGGGAAGCUGCUCCGCGGGCCCAGCUCGUCCAGCACGGAGCGUCCCCCGGGCACAGCCGGCACAGCUGCUCAGCUCAGGCCGCCCCACAGGCUGCAGAAAACCCAGCUGUGCCUGUGGGGCCCUCCCCGCUACCCGCCACACCCAUCUCCGAGCACGGCCCCCGGUCCCCGCCUUCAAGGCCACCCUGUCCCCGAGACGCUGCUACAGGUGACCAGUACGUGCAGGGGGUGACGCGGGCUUUCUGACAGCACCACCUUCCCCCUUCAUCACUUGAAAGACCAAAAAGAAAAGAGAAAAAGGAAAUUAA